GGCAUUCCCAUAGCAAAUUGAAUUUUGAAUGGGAAGAGUAUAGACUUAUAGAGUAGGAGAUUACUUACAUAAACUGCAUUUGCAUGAAUGGAGGAGAUAAAUUCGAAAAGUUCAAGAAAGAAGCAGAUCAUCGGAAAUAUAGAUGCAAAAUGGUGGAGGCUUCUCGGAUAGAGAAUAUACCAUUAGAAACUUUCUGGGAUGAACGAAACACGAAACAAGGCAACGAGCAGGAAACCUGCGGAGGUGAAAAUGAGGUUGAAGGAAUCAACGAUUCGGAGGAGAAAAAUGACUUUGUACCGAAACUUUACACAAGAAGAUGGCUCAUUUUGGCAGGGUAUUGUCUGCUUGCAAUGUCCAAUUUGUCAGCAUGGUUUGCGUUUUCAUCAAUCAGUAACAUAAUCAGGAAAUACUACAAAAUCAAUUUGGUCACUGUAAACUGGCUGGCGAUGACGUUUUCGAUUCUGCCACUGCUCCUGAUGUUUCCAUCGAAUAAGCUUUUGGAAAGACAAGGCCUUGGGUUCACCAUAGUAGUAGCAAGCUUCUUUAAUGCGGCUGGAUGCUGCGUUAGAUACAUUGGCUAUUCGACUUCAAAUGGUUAUAAUUUUUUGCUGAUUGGUAGCAUCUUGUGUGCAGUUUCAACUUCAUCCUACUUUCUGCCUUCAAAAAUCGCGGCUGUAUGGUUUGGGGAAAAAGAAAAGGCGACUGCAACAUCCAUAGCGGUGUCUUUUGGUCUCGCUGGCAUUUCUCUUGGUUACUUUCUGCCAACAUCAAUUGUAAAAAACCGACCGACAGUAGCAGGGAUAGGCAGGGAUCUUGGCAAUUACUUAUUGGCAACAGCAGUUCAAGCCUGUCUAACAUUUAUUUUAAUAGUCAUGACUGCAAAAGACAACCCCAAAACUCCACCAACUUACCACGAAUUGUUAAAAUAUAAAAUGACAGAAAAAGCAAAGAAAGACAGUCUUGCAAGAAAAAGGAUUGAAACAGUGGUGCUAGAGAAAAAGGAACCUUGUGGAGAAGGAACUUCUUUUAUUAGAUCGCCAUCUACUACAAUAUUCAACAACAAAACAAGAAAAGGUCACAAUGGCUAUAAAGCGCUAUUAAAAAAUAUAAAAUUUCACAAAAUUUUGCAUCUGCACGGUAUCAUAUUCGGUUUGGAGUCCUUAUUUCUCAUGACCUUGAACGAAAUGCUGAUCCCUCGAUUUCCUGGUUACGAAUUCAAGAUAGGUUUGAUGGGCUCCAUUGGUCCAAUUUUUAGCUUGCUUAGCAGUUUUUCGAUUGGUGUACUUAUAGACCGAACACAUGCUUUUAAGCGCAUAUCGAUCGCAACGACUGCAUUAACGUCUUUGUUAGCUGGAGUAUUGACCUUAUGUUAUUACUUAAAGUUUUCUUUUUACACUUUAUUUUUUACUUACAUUGCUAUUUCCGUCGUCUCUUCGACGUACUACACGACUGCGUUUCAUCAUUGCGCUGUGCUGACAUACCCAAUAUCGGAAGCACGAUCUGGCGUUCUUCUCAUAUGGGUGGCUCAGCUUUACAAUAUAAUUUUUGCAAGAAUAGCUAGUUUUAUAUUAUUUCGUAUCAGUGCUCAGGUACUGCUCAUUACAACCUUGUGUCUUUAUUCUUUGACUUUUUUCAUUUCGUUAAUAUUAGAUGACAAACAGCGAUGAAAAUUUGCACUACCGUGUAUAUGUUUUAAAGUGUUACUCAAUAAAACUUAGACAAUGUGGAUCUUUUGUACUCAAUACAAGUUUCAAUCUUCACAAAGACAAGAUUAUGAAAUGCCGGCUUAUUUUUCAUUUUAGUCCCCACAAAGAUGAGGUCUAGUUUUUUGGUACCACAGAAUUGUGCGAGCUUCUUUCAAAUUUCAAAUGCAAUGAUUAUUAAUCUCAAUUAGCAUGAAGGUAUCAUUUGUAAAAUUCAGAUAACAUGAUCUAACUUUCAAAUGAAAUUUUCCUACCAAACACAUCCAACGAUGCUAAAGAGACACAUCUACUCGACCACAUCUUGAAACAAACCAGACAAACGACUCAACUGGCAAAACCUUAGUGUCAAUUUCAGACAUUUAAGAAUAUGGUUUGUAUGACAGAAAAACCUUCAAUGUCUGAGAUAUUUCUAUGAUCUAAAAAAAUCCUUUCAUGAAGCUUGUAAUUUGGAGCGAGAGCAGAUGGCGAUAAGUUGAAA